GAAUGCACUUGAAGCUAGACAUAUUGACUAUCAGAACAACUAUGCUUUUCUCUCUGUGCACCUUCCUCACUCUUUUCGCCUUUACCACCUGCUUUGAUGAGACUACAGCAACUAAUCUAGAAAGUCAAGAGAAAUACGAUGACUUGUUUGAGUCCAGAGAAGAUUUCCAAAAUGAGAGGAAUGGUAAUUCAGAUGAAUACCGAUACUGGGGAUCCAACAACAAAAAUGACAUGAACAGAUACAGCAGCCUGUCCAUGCAGCCUGAGAGGGAAUUUCUACAUGAACGAAGCCUCAAACCUGCUGCAAAUCUUCCUCUGAGAUUUGGAAGAACAUCUGAUGACAAAGUAGCCAAAAGCAUUCCCAAUCUACCUCAACGGUUUGGGCGUUACUUAUCUGGAAAGGCCAACAUCCAGUCAGUGGCAAAUUUACCACAGAGGUUCGGAAGAUCACAGUAUAGCAACCAUUUUGCUCACUCCCUUGCCACAUUACCACUGCAAUUUGGAAGAACGGCGCAUUCUGAUAGACUACAAUAUGAAAUUAAUUCUUAUCCUUUAGAAAUGAAAAACCCAGAAGAAGACAGUGACAGGAAGAAAAGACAAGCAAUGACCUUUGAAUAUGAGCGGAAUCUCCAGAUGUAGCAGCUAGCAAAUCGCCCAUAUGACCCAUCAUCUGUCCAACACUGCACUUCAGACAGCCAGAUAUGCACUCUUUGCACAUAUUAGUGAAAUCAGCUUCACGCUAAUGUAUAACCUGCUUUGAAACCAGGAGAAAAGGUGAUGAAC